AUGUGGAACGCGACGCCCAGUGAGGAGCUGGAGCCUAACGUCACUAGAGACCUGGACUGGGACGCUUCCCCCGGCAACGACUCACUGACGGACGAGCUUCUGCCGCUGUUCCCCGCGCCGCUGCUGGCGGGCGUCACCGCCACCUGCGUGGCACUCUUUGUGGUGGGCAUCUCGGGUAACCUGCUCACCAUGCUGGUGGUGUCCCGCUUCCGCGAGCUGCGCACCACCACCAACCUCUACCUGUCCAGCAUGGCCUUCUCCGACUUGCUCAUCUUUCUGUGCAUGCCGCUGGACCUCGUCCGCCUCUGGCAGUACCGGCCCUGGAACUUCGGCGACCUGCUCUGCAAACUCUUCCAGUUCGUCAGCGAGAGCUGUACCUAUGCCACGGUCCUUACCAUCACCGCGCUGAGCGUCGAGCGCUAUUUUGCUAUCUGCUUCCCGCUGCGGGCCAAGGUGGUGGUCACCAAGGGCCGCGUGAAGCUGGUCAUCCUUGUCAUCUGGGCCGUGGCCUUCUGCAGCGCGGGGCCCAUCUUCGUGCUGGUGGGCGUGGAGCACGAGAACGGGACCGACCCUCGGGACACCAACGAGUGCCGCGCCACCGAGUUCGCGGUGCGCUCCGGGCUGCUCACCGUCAUGGUGUGGGUAUCCAGCGUCUUCUUCUUCCUACCGGUCUUUUGCCUCACCGUGCUCUACAGUCUCAUCGGGAGGAAGCUGUGGCGGAGGCGCGGCGACGCGGCGGUGGGCGCCUCACUCAGGGACCAGAACCACAAGCAGACGGUGAAGAUGCUUGCUGUGGUGGUGUUCGCUUUCAUCCUCUGCUGGCUGCCCUUCCAUGUGGGAAGAUACCUGUUUUCCAAGUCCUUCGAGCCUGGCUCUCUGGAGAUUGCUCAGAUUAGCCAGUACUGCAACCUCGUGUCAUUCGUCCUCUUCUACCUCAGUGCUGCCAUCAACCCCAUUCUCUACAACAUCAUGUCCAAGAAGUACCGGGUGGCCGUGUUCAAACUUCUAGGGUUUGAAUCCUUCUCCCAGAGAAAGCUCUCCACUCUGAAGGAUGAGAGCUCUCGAGCCUGGACAAAGUCGAGUAUCAACACAUGACAGCCCAUCGCAACACCCAGCCAUCGCUCACCACUCCACACCAGAAGCCAUAGUCAAGCAGAACUUGGGAGGAAGCAGAAAGUCAGUUUAGGAUUAUAGACAAAUAGAUCUGGAGACAAUUGGGGGUGGGGAGUAAAGCCAGAUGGGUAGGGCC